GCUGAUUAUGCAUUCAGUAUUCAGUAUCACUGUAUUUCACUAGUUGAGUAUUUGUAUUUUGUGUACAAUUUUUGUCUAUAGUGUAUUAGUGUUUCAUCUAUAAUUCUGUAAUACAUACAGUAACUGUCAAUUGUCAUGGCUGACGAAGAAUUUGAACACGACGAUGGUGGCGCAGAUGACUUUGACGAAGUUGAAGACGAUGCAGAUUUAGAUGAAUUAGAUCAGCCUGAAGAAAAUGAAGAUAACAUUGAUAUAUUACCUAUUCAAGAAGCUCAAAGUCAAGUUCAAAAGUCUAAACGAAUCACAACUAAGUAUAUGACAAAGUAUGAAAGAGCUCGAGUAUUAGGUACAAGAGCCUUGCAGAUUGCAAUGUGUGCCCCUGUCAUGGUAGAACUUGAAGGUGAAACUGAUCCAUUACAAAUUGCAAUGAAAGAAUUGAAGAAACGUAAAAUACCUAUUAUAAUUAGAAGAUAUUUGCCAGACAAUAGCUAUGAGGAUUGGGGAAUCGAUGAACUAAUAAUAGUUGACCAGUAAAAUCUAUUUUAUAUACUUUACAAUUGUAAGAUAAUUUUUAUUUUAAUAUUACCUAAUUACAAUUUAGCUUUUUUGUUUUUGUUUCAUUGAUUUAUUCAAUGUAUGAAUCAUUUUUUAAUAAAAAGUUAAAUUUCUAUAA